AUGAAUUCAGAAUCUUUUUUAAGAUGGGACCCAGCACAGGUAUCAAACUAUUUCAAAAGUAUCCUUCCAGAUCAAGAUAAACCUUUAUCGCCUGCAUUUCUUGAUCAUAACAUUGAAGGGUCUUUACUCCCCUAUAUGACAUGUGAUCAUUUGAAGGAAAUAGGCUUUGAUACCCUAGCUACAAGGUUAUUUGUUAAGAAAUGUAUCUCCGAUUUGAUUCAGCAACAGUUUCAAAGAGGUACACCGGAGCUGUUAUUUGAUUCUCAAUACCAAAGCUCAAAUCAUGUAACUAUGGAUGCUUUACAUUUGUCCAAUAUUUUGAUAAAAGAUGCUUUCAAAAGGGCAAACGUGGUUCUCCAAGAUCAAAUGUCGGUUUAUUUAUUGGAUCAAAGAAAUCAUAAAGACAAUGAAAUUAAACGAAUAAAUGAUAACUUCAUCAAGUUGAAAACUGACCUUUUCCCAGUUAUUAGACUCCUUAAAGAUUCAAAACCUUUACCUAUUCCAACUUUAGAUCCCAACCAUCCUCUGAAUUUACCGUCGAAUUCUCCAACAUCAAUCAAUAGUUCGGGUGGCUCGAGUUUCUCAUUGGACGAUUACAAUUCAAACUCAAUAUUGAAUGCUAAUCUCCCUUCAAGUGGUGGUGGUGGUGGUGGUGGUAGUGAGAACAACCCUCAAAAUAAAGGUGCUAUUGCUGUUGGACCUUCUACUGCAACUGCAUAUUUAGGUUCAUCUGCACCCACAUCGAAUUCUCUGUCAAGUCAAACUGUUACAACAGCUCAAAUAUAUACUUCUGGUUCCGGCAGUGCUAUUCAACCUGCGAAGCAUUCACCAGGUGGUGCAAUUGUACCUCAAUAUGUCCCGGUCCUUAGUCGAAAUGGUAGUGAUCCAACAGCUGGUACUACUAUGACUAAUUCAAACACUUUGAUAGGUGGAGGCAGUAACACACCUACUUCGAUUGCAACAAGCAGUCCUACCAUCUCUAACAAACGAUUUAGCACAGCAUCAAUCUUAUCAAUGGGUACUGGUGCUAAAGCUGUGUAUCAAGAUCUGAGAACCAGUAGAUCCAGAUUGAAGAUUGUGGAGAAUCCUACACAACUGUCAAGUCCACUUGUUGUAUCUACAGGUGGCUCUACAGGUGGCUCUGGAGGUCUGAAUAUCCAUUUAAAUGGUCUAGCAACAAGCACUGUUAUAAAUGUUAAUGGAGGAGGGGUCAGCAGUACUUCGGGACAUCGUCCACUAUUGAAAAAGUUUGGUUCUUCGGGUUUGAAUACUUCUUUAACUGGCAGCAGUGGUAUGGCUUCCCCUGUGGUUACUACACCUGUAUCCUCUACUGCGUCGUCAGCUGUUAAUGAACCUUUAAAGCAAUUGCGAGCUCUGUCAGAAGAUUCGUGUUUGAAAAUAUUACAACAAGCCACCAAAAGACAUCAUAUUCCUCGGGAAGAUUGGUCUAAAUACGUUCUUGUUAUUUGCUACGGUGAUAGAGAACGGAUUUUGAAGUUGGAUGAAAAGCCAGUGAUAAUCUUUAAAGAAUUACAAGAGGCUGGCAAACAUCCUGCAAUUAUGUUACGUCAAUUAGCCAAUAUCGAUGCUGAAGCUGAUAACUACGGAGAUGCCAGAUUAGGAGAGGAAAUUCCUGGGGGAACUUUGUAG